UUUCUAGUUGUUUGGUGUGUUGUGAAUGCCAUAUAGUUGUUUUAUGGCUUUUGGUCCACUCACAUGCCCUGAACAUUGAUAGGGCCCUACACCAAAGGUGAAAAGUGCCCUUCUGCUUGUAAUUUGUUCAUCAGUCCCUGACACACCACCAUGAAUGGAAUGAGCACCCAUUGGCCACACCACUCUCCUCUUCUUGAGUAAAAAAAACACCAAAAAGAAGUAGAGGGGAAGAAGAAGAAGCAAGCAACCCAUUUACCCAAGACCCCAAAUGACCCAAUGUCUCUCUGGCCUCUGCUUCCAUUUCCAUAAACAAAUAUUUUAAAAAAUAGAGAAAAGCUCGGAUCUUUAACUGCGCCAUUGCAGUUGCACCACAACAGAUCUAAAAGCUCGAAUCUUUCUCUCACAUAUGACGUAAAGGUGAAAAAAAAUAUAACGACAAGGAAGAAAGAGAAGCUCUCGAUGACUUACUGUCUCCCUUUGCAUCUACUACACUCUCUCUCCGCAGCAUUAGAUCUCACUCUCUCUCACUCUGUCAGUGCAGACAAUUCGUUCACUUUGCUGAAGAAACAGAGGGAGAUGGUGCCUCUCGCAUUCAGGCUCUAGUCUAGACACAGAGGAAUUUGGGGACGAUGAUGAACAGGAAUGCGAGGGAAUCUCUGGUCGGAGGGAGGAAUAUUCCGUUCGGGUCGCAGCACCGGCGAGGUCUGAGCUUGAAUUUGACUAAAGACUCCGACGAGGGCAACUUGGAUCUCUUCUCGAAGAAUCGCCGGACUCUCUCUGUAACUUCCUCCGACGAGUCUUCCGAUGUUUCGGUGAAAUUGGGGAGGCUUUCAGUUGGAUCGGCCAAAGUGGGAAGGACUGGUAUUGAUGAUCUGCUGUCAUCUGCAGAGGGUGGAAAGCACGAUUAUGACUGGCUUCUCACUCCUCCUGAAACUCCACUUUUUCCUUCAUCAGAUGGAAGUGAAUCUCAACCAACCUUAGCUGCUUCACGAACCAGUUUAAGCAGAUCAGGUUCUACAGCUAAGCCUUCAAGGCUUUCAGUUUCACAAUCUGAGAGUAACCAUCCAUCAAGACCUGCUAGAAGCAGUUCAGUGACUCGCUCUUCAACUUCUACAUCACUAUAUAACAACUAUUCCUCAAACAGAAACCCCAAUAUCCUUAACACGAGCUCAGCUUCAGUCUCAUCUUACACUAGACCAUCCUCCCCCAUUACCCGCUCUCCAUCUACAGCAAGGCCUUCCACUCCAACCUCUCGUCCAUCACUGUCACGAUCCACAACUCCUUCUAGACCCCGUACAACUUCAACCAGCUCUUCCAUCGAGAAACCUCGAUCAGUGCAAAGCUCGAGGCCCUCAACUCCUAGUAGUACCAGGCCACAAAUUCCUGCAAACUUGAAUUCACUUGCUUCUCGACCAAACUCUCGUCCAUCUACUCCCACACGUCGGAGUUCAUUGCCUUCCUUGUCUCCAGCAUCAAGUCCCUCACCUUCAGCAGGUCGUGUUCUAUCAAAUGGGCGCAGUUCAGCACCCUCAUCCAGACCAAGCUCCCCUAGUCCACGUAUCCGCCCCCCACCACAGCCAGUUGUUCCCCCUGAUUUUCCUCUUGACCCACCGCCAAACCUUAGAACAACUUUACCAGACAGGCCAAUUUCUGCUGGAAGGUCCCGGCCUGGUGCUGUUGUCUCAAUGAAGGGGAAGCCAGAACCCCCCGUUGCCUUGGUUGUGCCAAGAAGACAGUCAUCACCCAUUGCCUCAAGGGGAAGACUGACAGAGCCCCCUGGAAGGGGCCGUGUACAUCCCACUGGACACCUUCCUGAUGUUCCUGAGCCUCGGAAGGCUACACUUAUCCCUGAUCUGGGCAUGAGGAAGCCUGUGAAGACUUCCACAACAACAGCUACAGACAGCACUGGGUUUGGGAGGAACAUCUCGAAGAAAUCUCUCGAUAUGGCUAUCCGACAUAUGGAUAUAAGAAAUGGAACAGGGAAUGGUCGCCAACUUUCAGGCAGCACCCUCUUCCCUCAGAGCAUCCGAUCAUCAUCCACUCCCAAGCCCCAGUCCGUUCGCGGGUUAAGUGUGCCAGCAUCUGCCCGCACUAACGGAAGCCUGCAAACAGGCAGUAAUGGAGUCAUUUCAGAGAAUGGAAACAUUAUGAACCGGCCUGUGGAAAAUGGAAGUGAAGCAGACAGUGGAAGAUACUCUGCAAAGCUGAGUGAAGUGGACGUCUAUGAAAGCUCUCGUUAUGAUGCGAUAUUGCUCAAAGAAGACUUGAAGAGCACAAACUGGCUGCACAGUUUGGAUGAUAAACUUGAUCAAGGACCCAUCUUUGAUACUGGAUUUGAGCAUCUGCCUGAACCUUUCGGGCUCUUAUAACACCCGAGUAAGCGUGUGUAAUUUUUUUCUUUCUUCUUCUUUUAAGUUAUAUGGUUUCUUAAUAUGGAUGAAUCACUUAAAACAGAAGAAUGAAGAGCCAGUACUUGCCUGUGAAA